GUUUUCAUUUAGAUUAGAUCCCAGGUUCUCCAUAUUAACCAGUUAUUUUGUUUACAAUAAUGGAUACAAAACAUCAUAAAAUGCCCAAAGUGGCAAAGGUGAAGAACAAAGCUCCAGCUGAAAUUCAAAUCACUGCGGAACAGCUUUUAAGAGAAGCUAAAGAGCGAGAUUUAGAAAUUUUGCCUCCUCCUCCCAAACAGAAAAUCUCAGAUCCAGCUGAAUUAGCAGACUAUCAAUUACGAAGGAGAAAACAAUUUGAAGAUAAUAUAAGAAAAAACCGAACUGUUAUAUCUAACUGGAUUAAAUAUGCUCAGUGGGAAGAAUCCCAAAAAGAAAUACAGAGAGCCCGAUCAAUAUGGGAGAGAGCUCUUGAUGUUGACCAUAGGAAUAUUACCAUUUGGUUGAAAUAUACUGAAAUGGAAAUGAGAAGUAGACAGGUUAAUCAUGCUAGGAAUCUAUGGGACAGGGCCACAGUUCUUUUGCCAAGAGUUAAUCAGUUUUGGUACAAAUACACUUAUAUGGAAGAAAUGUUAGAAAAUGUACCAGGUGCUAGAGCAGUUUUCGAAAGAUGGAUGGACUGGCAACCUGAUGAACAAGCCUGGCAAACCUAUAUUAACUUUGAACUCCGCUACAAAGAGAUUGAUAGAGCCAGACAAAUAUAUGAAAGAUUUGUCAUAACACAUCCCGAAGUAAAACAUUGGAUAAAAUACGCCCGCUUUGAGGAAAACCAUGGCUUCAUACACUCAUCUAGACAGAUAUAUGAGAGAGCAGUACAAUUCUAUGGAGACGAGCAUUUAGAUGAGAAACUCUACAUUGCGUUUGCCAAGUUUGAAGAAAAUCAAAAGGAGCAUGACAGGGCGAGGGUAAUAUACAAGUAUGCUCUCGAUCAUAUACCUAAAGAUGAAACUAAGGAACUCUAUAAGGCGUAUACAAUACACGAGAAAAAAUAUGGCGACAGAAGUGGUAUCGAAGAAGUUAUUAUGUCAAAACGAAAACUUCAAUAUGAGCAAGAAAUACUACAAAAUCCAACCAACUAUGAUGCAUGGUUUGAUUACCUUCGAUUAGUGGAAGGAGAAGGUGAUCUCGACAUUACACGAGAAACCUAUGAAAGAGCUAUUGCUAAUAUUCCUCCAACAAAAAACAAGCAGUUUUGGAGGAGAUAUAUUUAUUUAUGGAUUAAUUAUGCGAUAUUUGAAGAACUUGAGGCUAAAGAUUAUGAAAGAACUCGCCAGGUUUAUAAGGCUUGCUUAGAAAUACUUCCUCAUAAGAUAUUUACUUUUUCAAAAAUAUGGUUGCUCUUUGCUCAAUUUGAAAUUCGUCAGAAGAACUUAACUACAGCAAGAAAAAUUCUUGGAAUGUCAAUUGGUAUGUGCCCUCGAGAUAAACUUUUUAGAGGAUACAUUGAUUUAGAGAUCCAAUUAAGAGAGUUUGACAGAUGCAGAAAAUUAUACGAAAAAUUUCUUGAGUUUGGACCAGAAAAUUGCAUUACCUGGAUGAAAUUUGCCGAAUUGGAAACACUUUUGGGAGAUAUUGAUAGAGCUAGAGGUAUAUUUGAAUUGGCGAUUAAUCAAGCAAGACUUGACAUGCCAGAAUUAUUGUGGAAAGCUUACAUUGACUUUGAAAUAUCACAAGAUGAACCGGAUAAUGCAAGACAGAUAUAUGAAAGACUAUUGGAAAGAACCUCCCACGUUAAGGUUUGGCUAUCGUAUGCUAAAUUUGAACUUAACAAUCCAACAGAAGAUGAAUUAAAUGUUCGGUUAGCUCGAAGAAUCUUUGAAAGGGCCAAUGAAAAUCUAAAGAGCUUUCCGGAGAAAGAAGCAAGAGUGCUACUAUUGGAAAAUUGGAGGGAGUUUGAAAAUAAUCAUGGAGACGAAUCGAGUAAAGAAAAAGUUAAUGCCAAAGUACCAAGAAGAAUCAAAAAGAGGCAGAAAGUUGUUGAUGAAGACGGUGUGGAACAAGGAUGGGAAGAAGUAUUUGAUUACAUAUUCCCCGAAGACGAGGCUAGUAGACCCAACUUGAAACUUCUUGCAGCUGCUAAGAACUGGAAGAAAAAAGCGGAGGAUGGAGAUGAAAAAGAAAAUACUAAUAUUGUUGUUAAAAGUAGCAGUGAUCGAAUAAGAGAAAAGUUGCUAGCGUCGGCUAAAAAUUGGAAGAAAAAACAAGAUGGACUUCAGGAAAACAAUCCAGAAAAAAAUUCAAGUGAAGAUAAACAAGAAGAUGAUAACCCAAUCCUGGAACAAGAAACUGAAUCUAAUGACUUGGAUAAUGAAAAUCGAAACUCCAGUAACGAAAAUGAUAACAAUGAUGAUUCCUCUUAAAAAGUAUUUAUUUAUUCUAUAGUAAAUGACUGUACAUAUUGUUUUUGAUAAAAUCCUUUUAUAUUU